AUGAACUGGAGGCUUGUUGAGUUCCUCUACCUCCUGUUUAUAUGGGACCAUAUACUAGUACAGCCCUCCCACCAGGACCCAGCUGCUACCAACCAACAUGUCUCCAAGGAAUUUGAUUGGCUUAUUUCAGACAGGGGGCCUUUCCACCACUCACGGAGCUACUUAUCCUUUGUGGAAAGACAUCGUCAAGGAUUUACAACCAGAUAUAAAAUAUACAGGGAGUUUGCCCGUUGGAAGGUGAGGAACACAGCCAUCGAGCGGAGGGACCUGCUCCACAAUCCACUGCCCCUGAUGCCUGAGUUUCAGAGGAGCGUCCGCCUCCUGGGCAGGAGACCCACCACGCAGCAGUUCAUUGAUACCAUCAUCAAAAAGUACGGCACCCACAUCCUCAUCUCUGCCACCCUGGGAGGAGAGGAGGCCUUGACCAUGUACAUGGACAAAAGCCGCCUCGACAGAAAGUCAGGAAACGCUACCCAGAGCGUUGAAGCAUUGCACCAGCUUGCUUCCUCCUACUUUGUAGACCGUGAUGGCACCAUGAGGAGACUCCACGAGAUCCAGAUCUCUACCGGAGCAAUCAAGGUAACAGAAACUCGGACUGGCCCCCUGGGCUGUAACAGCUACGACAAUCUGGACUCUGUGAGUUCUGUCCUUCUGCAAAGCACUGAGAGCAAACUCCACCUGCAAGGUCUCCAGAUCAUCUUCCCUCAGUAUUUACAAGAGAAGUUUGUCCAGUCUGCCUUGAGUUACAUCAUGUGCAACGGGGAGGGGGAGUACAUCUGCCGGAACAGCCAGUGCGGCUGCCAGUGUGCGGAGGAGUUCCCGCAGUGCAACUGCCCCAUCACCGACAUCCAGAUCAUGGAAUACACACUAGCAAACAUGGCCAAGACCUGGACAGAAGCCUAUAAAGAUCUGGAGAAUUCAGAUGAGUUUAAAUCCUUCAUGAAAAGGCUACCUAGCAACCACUUCCUGACCAUUGGGAGCAUCCACCAGCACUGGGGGAACGACUGGGAUCUGCAAAAUCGCUACAAGCUGCUGCAGAGCUCCCUGGAAGCCCAGCGGCAGAAGAUCCAGCGCACUGCCCGCAAACUCUUUGGCCUCAGUGUCCGGUGUCGGCACAAUCCUAACCACCAGUUGCCUAGAGAAAGGACAAUACAGGAAUGGCUUACUCGGGUCCAGUCCCUGCUCUACUGCAAUGAGAAUGGGUUCUGGGGGACGUUUCUGGAAAGCCAACGGAGCUGCGUUUGCCACGGUGGCACCAGCCUGUGCCAGCGCCCCAUCCCCUGCAUCAUCGGGGGCAACAACAGCUGUGCCAUGUGCAGCCUUGCCAACAUCUCUCUCUGUGGCUCAUGCAACAAGGGCUAUAAGCUUUACCGGGGUCGCUGCGAGCCUCAGAACGUAGACUCGGAGCGGAGCGAGCAGUUCAUCAGCUUUGAGACGGACUUGGACUUCCAGGACCUAGAGCUGAAGUACCUGCUGCAGAAAAUGGACUCUCGUCUGUAUGUGCACACCACCUUCAUCAGCAACGAGAUCCGCCUGGACACCUUCUUCGACCCCAGGUGGCGCAAACGAAUGUCCCUCACCUUGAAGAGCAACAAGAACCGGAUGGAUUUCAUCCACAUGGUGAUCGGGAUCUCCAUGCGAAUCUGCCAGAUGCGCAACAGCAGCCUGGACCCUAUGUUCUUUGUCUACGUCAACCCGUUCAGCGGGAGUCACUCUGAGGGCUGGAACAUGCCCUUUGGGGAGUACGGCUACCCGCGCUGGGAGAAAAUCCGCCUCCAAAACAGCCAGUGCUACAACUGGACCCUGCUACUGGGCAACCGGUGGAAAACCUUUUUCGAGACCGUCCACAUCUACCUACGCAGCCGGACUCGGCUGCCCUCCCUGCUGCGUAAUGAGACUGGCCAAGGGCCUGUGGACCUUUCUGACCCCACCAAGCGUCAGUUCUACAUCAAGAUCUCGGAUGUGCAGGUGUAUGGCUACAGCCUGCGUUUUAAUGCUGACCUACUGCGCAGUGCUGUGCAGCAGGUCAACCAGUCGUACACGCAAGGCGGGCAGUUCUAUUCUUCCUCCUCCGUCAUGCUCUUGCUGCUGGAUAUUCGGGACCGAAUCAAUAGACUGGCGCCUCCCGUUGCCCCAGGGAAGCCCCAGCUGGAUCUGUUCUCCUGUAUGCUCAAGCACCGCCUGAAACUCACCAACAGCGAGAUCAUCCGUGUGAACCACGCUCUAGAUCUGUACAACACCGAGAUCCUCAAACAGUCGGACCAGAUGACAGCCAAACUCUGCUAA